UCUUGACACCGACCAGACGUUUCAACUUUUUCUAUCAGUUGCGAGUGAGCUGCUACAGCAAGGAAGUAUCCUCAGCUGAGAUAUCCACACCGGAGACAAAAGAGUCGAACGCUUUUUCCCUUCCUUCACCCAACCUACAUUUUGAAGGAUCUGUUUUUACAAGGCGGAACCACUAUUCUUUCGAUGUUGACAUCGCCGUUUUCUGAUUAAAAAGACACUGUGUGGGCUCUAAUCUUUUGCGUUUCGGGGGUGUGAGAAGUUCAAAGGUGGAUUUUCAGAUAUUUUACUGUUAUUGACAACUCUUAUGUCCCGCUACUAAAGCGGUUUAGGACAUGUCCGAUUCGUCCAGACGAUCCAGCAAUAAAUUAAUCACCUGUUGAAGUUGAACGACAAUGGGACUCCUGUUCUCAGACCACAAAAUCGGUCCAAAUGGCACAACCACCCUAAUUGAGAGAGGGAAAAGCGGAGAGUCGCAUCCCGGUGGCGGAGCAGCCUCCCGUGCCGAACCGUCUGACAACCCCCAGUCCUGCGAAGGGGACCAGCAGUCACUGGGAGGAAUAAUGAUUCCGAAUAGUCUGCUUGGUUUCCAGUCGAGGUCGCCGGUGUUCAGAACACUGUCCAGGUCCUCCAGUGGAUAUUUUUCGUUCGACAGCGAUUCUAUUCCAAGCUCCCCGCUAUUGAAAGAUAACAAGUCGACACAGACUCCGAGCCCAUCUAGCCAAGUCAUUACCCACGCACUGCAGCGCAUGUCUCGAGCACUGGAGACCCGGCGAGAUUAUGACGUGUGGCCCAACCCCCUCCGGCCCUAUAGAGCAAGCCCGCCACCGACUGCGGCGGACAUGCGGCCAGAGAUACUCAUCGGUCAGGAGCUUCAGCGCAUUGGAGAUGAGUUUAACAACCUCUUCAUACAUGGGCGCCUUGCAGGCAGAAACGGUCAGGUUGCCCAGGGAAACCUGCAGCAGAUGCACCAAGAGCCCGCCUUCCUACUGUGGAUGGGUCUUCUGAUUGGACGACUAUUACAGAUAAUCCUGCGGAGAAGAUGAUUGACAGACAGAAGCCCCAAUCCCAUCCUCUGGAGCACCCAGAAGGCACAUACUGUAGAACCUGGGAGAAUUCUGUUAAAGACCCUAUACAUAUAUGUAAAAUUGUCACAUUUUCAGAAUGGACUCUCCUUCAUAUGUGAACCUUUACAACUUUGUCUUGAUGGUUUUUGACCUUGAAUGGCCUCAGGAUUCCCUGGUCCAGCAUAAAUUGGGACAGGGAAUCUGUAAUGCUUUGGGAAUACUUUCUUUGGAAAUUCAACAACACCUGGAAUUUUGCACCUAUGUUUCCUGCACGGAUCUGGAAAGCUGAGCCUAAUCAAAGAACCAAAGAUGGAGUGUCCCAUCGCGGAGCACUCACAGGGAUAACGCUGUGUGGAUAAGGCUUUGUGGAGGUUACAUAUACCUUGUACAGCUUCUCUUUUUCUUUACUGCACUGUUUUCUUUCUUUGUGUUUGUUUGUUUCUACGUGUUUGUGAGUUUACCCAUGGUCAGAUGUGUAGAGUCUGUUCCUCCUGGUCCUCAUGGCAACUCACUGUUUCCCUCCCAAAACUAACCUGCAAUUCUCCUUUGAUGCAGUCGGUUCCAUUGCCGGUUCCAUGGACCCAGAUGAAGUCUGUUUAAUGGAGAGUCUCCAUUGAAAGUGUUUUUAAGUCCAGUAGUUUUAGACAAUGAUUCAGUGUGCACUCCAAUAGUCUUUAUAUGAACCCUUUAGGUAUUAACCUCGAGCAAUAACUGAAGACGCCAUUAAAAAAAAAUGUAUUUCCUUUCCAAACAUAUUCAGUAUUAAGAGCAAUAGCAUAGAUGUUAGUAGUCAUUGAGAGAACAGAAGAAAAAAAACAUUUGAAAGCAACUACAAUGCCUAUAAGAAUGAGAUAUAUUGAAAUCAAAGUAGAUCUACAUGAAUUAGGGCAAACAAUGUAACUUCUUGAAACAACGUAUUUUACUGUUGUCUCAUUUGUUUCCGCCCGCCCUUAUCAGCUGUCAAACAUAAUUCCUGUUAUCAUUUAGCCUCUGGCUCGGACCUGCUGUUGUCAGUGCUUUGUUAGCCCAGCUGACACUCAUGUUGGCCCAGACAAGUCUAGUGCAGUGUUGCUAGGUCAUUAAAAGCUCAUAGAAGCUUUGCUGGAAGAGAACCAAACUCUGAGCCGACAUUAGCCAGAGGAACAGGCAUAGAGAGACAGUGGAUUCAACACAGGUUUGAAUGGGUGGGAUCAACCACAAUGCUUGAGAACAUAGAUGGAUAGACAGUGAGAAAAACCACCAAAUGUUCUUGACAAAAUUCUUGAAACAUUUUUGUAUUUCUGAUCUGUGGUAGAAUGAAUGUUAAAAAAAAAGAUUUUAAGAAAGUGAAGUAGGGUUUCUUUUGGAUGUUACAUGUUAAAUGUUACCACAUUCUGCAUCAUGGGUUUUACAUUGUAUGUGUCCCCAAAUGUGACCCAAAGAUUGAUUAUACUGUCAUUUUGCUGGUUGGUUCCUAUUGUAAAGUACAGUAUUGGUGUGGUUCAGACCAACUACCUUGGUCACCCUUUUGAUUCCAAUGGCUCCUAUCUGUGUCUGUUGGUAUUUGAUGUGAAAACCUAUUCCACACCCACAGUUCAAUAAACAUUAUCCAGGAAAUUGCAUGUUGACAGUAUAACAUGUGAUGAUGAAAGCCUAUUUUUAAAAUAGAAUAGCACUUACAGCUCAUUCAAGGUUUUACGUGCCAAAAAUCUGCCUUUACAUUUAUUUAAAAAAAAAAUGUUUUGCUGACCAUGUAGAUGAAAUGUAAGGUUGAUGGUAUUGUUUGAUGACAUUUCUGCAAAACCAAUUUUGAGAAGUGAUGUGUUUCAUUCUGUCAUGUUUGUCUUGGUACCAACAUUUUACUGCUCUGCCAUGUUUUUUAUCUUGUAUGACUGUCUAUUUUUUGGUGUUGCCAAAUGAAACCAAAAACCUCAUUUCAAAGUACUGUAUCUUAGAAGGGUGUAUGUAGUCAUGUCUAGAGAUGCUUUCCAAGAGAACAACUGAAAGCUCAACUGUCACCUUCUGAAACUGAUAUGGAAACUUCUCCGACAGUUAGCCAAUGGUUCCAUGUACUCUAGAUAUAUGUGUUGAGUGAAGGCAUACUGUCCAUCCAUCUUAAUAUGGGUAGAGACCAUAAAUAGGAAUAGCAUUUUCCCCAGACACAUCAAAAUUCCCAAGUUGGAUCCAUACAUUUUCACCAGUGUCAUCUUGGUGGAGGAAGUGCAGGUUUGUACCUCUUGCACAAUGAUUACUGUACCCAGAAUUCAGUCUGUUCAGGACCCUUUUGCACUCUGUGCAGACAGACAGAAAUUGAUCUGACUCACAGGACCCAGUACAUUUGUAGCAAAAUGUCAUUGUUAUUUUUUAUAUUUUCUCAUUUGCACUGAAAGAUUGCAAUGUUGUGAUUUCAAUUGUGCAAUACUGCUGUGCCUGUAAAAAGCUUUUUUUCAUCUUUAAAAAAAUUAGGAAUUUUCUUUCAUUGUUGAUUAAACCACAUCCUUUUUCAUGAAAAUCAA